UCAGAGAAAAUGUGAUGAGAUGAAACAAAUCCCCAAAAGGCAGUGACUGGAGAUUUUAACUUUUUUUUUCUUAGUAGCUUUCAUGGUGUAAACGAUUUCUGCUAGCCUCGUUUUUUUGCUGGGUUUUUUGAUUUUGACAUUCAGAUUGUAAGCUGUUGUUUUCUUUGGAGAAGAUGCUGUGUGCUUGCUCAGGUGAACAAUUCAAGUUCGAAGAUGCACCGCAGUCGCCGGAAUCAUUGGCGACCAGAGAUUUCUCAGCCAGUGGACUCUCAUCUCGGACCGGAGACUGGGAACCGAAACUCGAUGAUGUCCAAGUGGAUGAAGCUGAAUCAACUCUCAAGGAAGCUCUUUCCCUGAACUAUGAGGAAGCAAGGGCAUUAUUGGGGAGGCUAGAGUAUCAAAGAGGGAACUUAGAUGCCGCGCUUCAGGUUUUUCAGGGCAUUGACAUCAAAGGUUUGACACCAAGGAUGACUGGGGCCAUUGUUGAGAGAACCCGGCAAGGAAAACCACGAUCCAAAGGUGACGUUAUCCCUUCGAGUGUGAUGUCGAUGCAUUCAGUCAGCUUACUUCUUGAAGCAAUUUUAUUGAAAGCUAAAUCGUUGGAGGAACUUGGGCAUUUUAGAGAUGCUGCAAAGGAGUGCAAUAUAAUUUUGGAGGUAGUUGAGGCAGCAUUUCCUAGCGGAAUGCGAGAGGGAAUUGCCAAGGAUUGCAAGUUACUGGAGGUGUUUCAUAAAGUAUUAGAAUUGCUCCCUAAUCUAUGGAAAAAGGCUGGUUUUCUCAGUGAAGCCAUAACCACAUAUCGUCGGGUAUUGGUCAAACCAUGGAAUUUAGAUCCCCUGAGAAUAGCUAAUGUGCAGAAAGACUUAGCUGCCACGUUACUUUAUGGUGGUGUUGAAACAAGCCUCCCUGCUCACUUACAAGUAUGGGGCUCUGCUACCCCUAAUGGUAAUAUGGAGGAAGCGAUUCUCCUCCUCCUAAUGCUUAUGCAAAAAGUGGCUUACGGAGAACUAAAAUGGGAUGCGGAUAUUAUGGAUCAUCUGACUUUUGCUUUCACCGUUACCGGGCAGUUUGAAUUAUUGGCAGGUUUUGUGGAGCAGGCCCUCCCGGGUAUAUAUGAAAGAGCAAAUAGGUGGUAUCUUCUUGCUCUUUGUUAUGCUGCUGCUGGUCGGAACAAGGUAGCAUUGAACUUAUUGAAAAAGGUUUCUGGCCAGUCGGAAGCGAAGCACAAACCUCAUAUCCCGGCUUCACUGUUUGGUGCGAAGUUAUCUUCUCAAGAUCCAAAGCAUGCUCUUUACGGGAUAACUUUUGCUCGUAAUGUGAUUGAUUUAGCAGAUCAACCGAACGAACAUUUCAAGGGUCAAGCCCAUAGGUUUCUUGGUGUUUGCUAUGGGAAUGCUGCUAGAGUUUCGAUAUCAGAUUCGGAAAGAGCCCUCUUUCAUAAAGAAUCUCUGGCUUCGCUCAACUCCGCCACUCUCAACAUGAAGGAAGAUCCUGAAUUGGUUUUCAACCUCAGUUUAGAAAAUGCAGUUCAGAGGAAUCUGGAUGUGGCCUUUGACAAUGCAAUGAUGUACUCUAACAUGGUGAACAAUGACUCGGGUAGAGGUUGGAGGCUAUUGGCGCUAAUACUUUCCGCUGACCACCGGUUCAAAGACGCUGAAACCAUACUUGAAUUUGCUUUGGAUGAAGCUGGUAGUUUAGAUCAGUUGGAACUUCUUAGAGUAAGAGCUGUGCUUCAGAUUGCUCAGGAACAGCCCAAGCAAGCAAUUGAAACUUACCGAAUCUUGCUAUCUCUGAUUCAAGCACAAAGAGAACCUCAGUCCGAUUUAGAGAAUGAAGCAAAAAGAAAAAUCGAAAUGGCUGCAUGGCAGGAUCUAGCUACUAUAUAUACGAAAGUUGGUUUGUGGCGCGAUGCAGAAAUUUGUGUAAACAAAGCUAAGUCAGUUGAACUUUAUUCACCGAAAAGUUGGCAUACAAGUGGGUUGUUGUUUGAAGCUCAAUCACUUUAUAAAGAGGCUUUGGUAUCCUUCUCGAUCGCACUAUCGAUCGAACCAGAUUACGUGCCAAGUAUUGUUUCAACAGCGAUAGUACUUAUACGACUUGGCAAUCAAUCGUCGCUCCCGAUUGCAAGAAGCUUUCUGAUGAAUGCUCUUCGGUUGGAGCCGAUGAAUCACGAUGCAUGGAGGAACCUUGGGUUGAUAGCAAAGAUGGAAGGGUCGUCGGAACAGGCGGUUGAGUAUUUUCAAGCAGCGUGUGAGUUGGAGAUGUCAGCUCCGGUUGAAGCCUUCAAAUGAUGUGGGAUUUGAUUAAGUGGCUUCCCUUGUAGUCAUUUAUCUAGAAUCUAUCAAAUUAUCCAUGGAAGUCAAUUUUGCUGGCUCAUAUCCUAUUAAAAAUGUACAGCAUUAAAUACUUUUUUCAAACCACCCUGUCCUUGAAGAAUUCAUCAGACGGCUCAGAGAUAACUCUAGAUG